AUGGAGGGACCCUGCGACAAAUGCGCCAAAGCGACCAGGUCGUUGCCUUCCCUGAGCAGAGCACCCCGAAAAGACGCUCAACGUAGUCCGUUGGUCAGCCAGGCUUUAGGAUCGCAAGGGCAUCAUCCCCAGAAGUCUACUGGAGGCGCCGGAAAGGAGCGUCAUGCUCCCACGGACGCCUCGAUUGCCUCACGGCCCGCAGCUGGCACCUCUACCAGCGAGUUGUCAGCGACGCAGGGGAAAGGAAAGGGCAAGGCUACUUCGAGAUCUGCUUCUCGGUCCUCAUCGCGGGACUCCGACCACAGCUCCAACAGCUACUUCCAAGGCUAUCCUGAUCCACCGGAGUUCGAGAAUGGGCAAGCCUACCCCGAUCCAGAGUUCUUGGGAGACUUACCUGACACAGUGGAGGAUUAUGUUAGUUCAGUCAGGAAGUUGAAGGGAGAUCCGGCGGUCGCUGAAGACUAUUUCCGCGACAUGUGGCAUGCUCAGCUGCUUCUUGCCUUUGACGUGAAGAAGUUGAAAAGCCGAGAUGGGCCCCGGAAGCAGAAGAGUCUGUCUCCUCUGAUUCCCGAUGGUGAUGCAAAACUCGAGUCUGCACCAUCCCCGACAGUACCAACUGUUGCCAUACUGCAAGUCCUUUUCGACCAGGCCAUGGCCUCCGAGAACCAUCGCGACACGAGUUCCGAACCUUCUCGGUAUGGAGGAGGUGCUGAUUACAGAGACACCGUAAGCGCUCCGGAUCUAGAAAGUCCACAUCACAGUGAGUACGAGGGCGAGGAUGAGCAAGAGGGAGUGUACCAACGAGGCGAAGACGUUCUUGCUUUUGUGGGCCCUGAGGAAGAUGAUGUGGAGAGCGUCAAGACUUCAGAUUCGCUCACAUUCCGUCCUCAUGCGGUGUCACCUGGUUCAUCAACCUCGCUCCAAUUCGAGUUCUCCCCCUUCGACAGAGUCCCGGAGCAAAAAAGGGAAGAUCAAGACGGCAGAGAUGACUUGUAUUCUGCGUGGCCCGAUGACGACACGGUGGAGAGAAACGAGGGUUCAACAGUCCCUGCUCCCCCUUCCUCCCCUGUAUCAAUGAGUUCGCCAGUCGUACUCCCUUUCGGGAUGUCUCCUUACCUCAGUCCCCCGGAGUAUCCUCACGAAAUAGCUAAACUUAUCAGCACUGACUACGGCCCACCCCCAGACCCAAACGCCCCGAGACCUAUUCUACCGGACGGGAAGACUCUGUUGAGAGAUCCUAUGCUCGUAGGCCACCUUGAACCCAUGUGGGUGUACGUUGAUCGUGCCCUGCGAAGGGACGGUGUGUCUGCCAUCAAAGCUCGCGAUUACUACGUAUCUUGCUACGUGGCUCUGCUGCAUAAAAUGUUUGAGACGCCAAAACCUAGUACCAAGAAGUACGUCAUCCCUGCCGAAAGACUUGGAGGUCCACAGAGUACUGCAGAGGCACCCAGAAAGCCAGGCAUGGCAUUCGAUUGGCCUACUGCGCAACUAAGUGGCUCAGUCAUAGCUGGUCCGCGCUCGACUGCGUCGACGAGGACUGCACAGGCAGAGCAACGCUCCCUCCCAGCUAACGACGCUCCCGCCAGCCAGCUUCCCGAUCCUCCUCCACGACCUCGCUCGACGGUCGACACUCGCUUAUUUCCGUACCCGGAGGUGAAUGCAAACCCGCCGGAGGGUGUCAACGAUUAUGCCAACCGUGUGGCCAAGAGUACGGUGGAUCGGACGGCCGCGAUUAACUACUACUGGCUUUACUGGCAUUGGAACCUCGCUUCGCAGUUCGACCAGGCCAGUCGGACAAACACUCCGCGUGGUCCAGCUGCGGAGCAGCGACGAGCGCCUCAGUCGACUCAGCCCUCGCAAUCCUCUGGCAGCGGUGCAACACAGUCUACAGUACCGGCGUGGAGGGGACGUUCAGCAUCCCUUCGUAGCCGUGGGACCGGCAGCUGGCGAAAUAGCGGAAGCCAGAGAUGA